GUGCAAUGGGGAGCCCCAGAGAUGAAAAUACUAAACAAAAUGCAGCAAGCUCUAUCAUGAUGCAUCAAGAGCUAACGUCAUCGCCAUUGCCCAACCCCAAGAGCCAAAGCUACCUCCCCCGCUUCUACCUUCUUAUAGACCCCAUCCUCUGUUCCGGUUCCCGUCACACCGCCUUCCCCAUUCCUCUCUUGCAUUUCUUUGCUUUCCUCUCCCUCUUUGCUUCAUAUCUCAUUUGCGAUUCUUGUCCUCGGAGAAAUUUUGGACCUUCGGUUUUAUUAGGUUUUGCGGUUUAUGCACACCAUUGGCAGCUACUCUCUGCUGUUCCGGCUGUCCAGAACCAUCUUGUCGGCGCAGAAACCAUGUCCACGCUCGGGUUCGGCAGCCUUAGCCCGGCGGCCGCGGCGCCGGCGCCGGCGCCGGCGGCGGUGGAGGACACGAGCAGCCACUGGGCUCCGCACGGCGCGGCUCUGACGGCCUUCGUCGUGGGCAUCAACGUGCUCGUGAUCGUCCUCAUCUUCUUUUUCUUCUGCCGGUUCUUCUCCAGGAAAGGCGAGGACGAUUCCGCAUCAGACGGCGCCGACGACCCGCUGCCCGUGGCCUCCCCGUGGGCGUCCCGCCGCCGCCGCCGGCGCGAGGCCCCCGCCGCGCGGGCCCUGGACGACGUGGCGUCGGCCCUGCCCGUGUACGUGUACUCCAGCAGCGCCGACGACGCCGUCGGAGGGGGGAAGACGAAGGCCCCCACCGAGUGCGCGGUGUGCAUCGUGGAGCUCCGCGACGGCGACUCCGCCCGCCGCCUCCCGCGGUGCGGGCACCGGUUCCACGCCGACUGCGUCGGCGCGUGGCUGCGGCUCCACGCCACGUGCCCGCUCUGCCGCGCCAGCGUCGUGGUCCCCGCGGCCGGCGGCGAGUCCGCCAGGAACGCCAAGGACGACGUCGGCGUCGGCGCGGACUGUCCCGUGUGAGGCGCGGCGGCGGCGCUCCGACCGACGCCGCGGCGAGGCGAGGCGAGGCCAGCUCGAGCAAGCAAGCGGCGCACGUAAACGGCGGAUGGCGACAGCAUCUUUCGGCGUCAGCGUCCUUGUCUAUCCGCUUGCUGCUGAAUGCUGAGUCCAUGACCAGCUGGGAAAAGUUGGUGAGGGCCAUCAGUUCCUUCUCGUCCUGUUGUUCGAUGCGUUCUGAAUUGUCAGGCAUAUAUUUUUUACAUGGUCUUGGGAUUAGGUACAUCGACUCAUAUAAAUAUCCUGAUCGAUUAUAUUGGAGCCUUCUUCUCUGUAACUAUGAGAUCAGGUGGUGUGUGUAUGCUUGGAUCUCGUGAGACGAUAUGGUGCACAUUAAUUUGAAGUUUUUAAGUUCAAGUUAUGAUUCUGUUUUGCUCGAA